CGAGGAGUUGAUCUCCAUUAUUAUUAUUUUUUUGUUUCCAAGCUAAAAUAAUUGUUAAAGAUUGAAAGAAAGAGGAGAGAGAGGAGAAGGGGAGAGAUGCAGAAGCCGGAGCGAUGGGUGUACGCGCUCUUGGGCGGUCUUUUGCUGAUCGCCGUGGGAUACAUGAAUUGGAACUCAUGGGGAGGCGGCGGCGGUGGCGGCGGGGGGUUCCGGAUCCCGAUCCCGUGGCUGCAGCCGCGGAUGGGGUUCAUCGGGCGGAAUGGGACGCAGUUCGUGGACCUGGAGAACGGCUUGCCGGUGUACAUCAACGGCUGGAACUCCUACUGGCUAAUGUCGUCGGAGAAGCGGACGUGGGUGUCGGAGAUGCUCCGGCGGGGGCGGGAGAUGGGGCUCACCGUCUGCCGGACCUGGGCAUUCAGCGACGGCGGCCCCAAGGCUCUUCAGCUCUUCCCCGGCCACUACGACGAGCAAAUGUUCCAGGCUUUGGAUUAUGUGAUAUAUGAAGCAAGGAGGAAUAACGUAAGGUUAAUUCUUUGUCUUCUAAAUAAUCUCAAUGCAUUUGGUGGUAAAGAUCAAUAUGUUAGAUGGGCACAAGAAGCUGGUUUUAAUGUGACAACAUCAUCAGAUGCAUUUUUCUCAUUUGAUGUCAUCAGGGGCUACUUCAAGGAUUACAUAAAGGCAAUUGUGACAAGAAGGAACUCAUAUAGUGGAGUUAGAUAUUAUGAUGAACCUGCUAUAUUUGCUUGGGAGCUCAUGAAUGAGCCACGAUGUGUGUCUAAAUCAUCUGCUCCUAUUCUUCAGGAUUGGAUUAUUGAUAUGUCUUCUCAUAUUAAGAGUUUAGACAAGAAACACCUUGUCACAAUUGGACUGGAAGGAUUUUAUGGGCCUGGAAGAACUGAAAGAUUGAGGGUGAAUCCAGGGGAAUGGGCAGCUACAUUUGGCUCUGAUUUUCUACAAAAUUCAGCAGAUGAGCAUAUAGAUUUUGCUUCAGUGCAUGCAUAUCCUGAUAGCUGGAUCCCAAGGGCGAGCCUGGAAGAGAAAGUCAAGUAUCUUUCUAGUUGGGUGGAUUCUCACGUGAAUGACAGUCAGAAUGUACUGAAAAAACCAGUACUCUUUUUAGAAUUUGGAUCCAAUUUGCGUGCCAAGAAAAAUGGCACAUAUGAAAAAAAUGUUUUACUGAAUGUGGUUUAUGACAAAGUAUAUGAGUCCGCGAAGAAGGGCCAAGCUGGUGCUGGAGCUCUAAUUUGGCAGUUGAUGGUUGAAGGAAUGCAAAAUUAUCGUGAUGAAUUCUCACUGAUAGCAUGGGAGAAUCCAUCCACUUACAAGUUGAUAGUACAACAAUCCUGCCGAUUACUGAGAUUGUUUCAAAGAUUGAAAAAAAUCAGCAAACCCUGCUCUGAUUUUCAGCCCUAAGGAUUGAUCAUCUGUUCUCUACAACAAUAACAUUGUUCUAUAUUCAUUUCCAAAGGCAUAUUAAAUUCUUUUUGUCAAAGAUGAGGCGAAUGAUUAAGAAAGAAAUUCAUGAGAAAUAUGUGCUAUUGGAAUUAAACAUGGUAAACUCAUGGAGAUCAGGUCUGCUAUUGAAGGUGAAGGUGUUAUGUCUGAAUUCAGAAUAACAACUUUUGAGUGUUAACAACCAUCGAAGCUGUUGUCAAUGAAGAUUGACUAACAGCAGGGGAUGUUUCUGCAAUGGAGAUCAUGAAUGACGGUUUUUUAGGAUACUGCAUGUAUAAGGAUAUACUAUGAUUUGUUCUACCAGGCAAAAAUGUUUGUAAUCCCAGAAAACAGAUAUUGGUGUUAUUUAAUAAUUGGUUGGUGAGGUUCACCUAGUUGCUAUUCCAUUUGUACGACACAUGUUGGCUUGCUUAUACUUAAUAAAUAUGAGUAGAUGAGUUCCCAAA